GACGUCCUUCCGGCGGAGGCAGCAUGGCGGCCACGGCGGCUGAGGCCGUGAAGGCCCCGCCGCUCUUGGCGCUGGAGCCGCGGCUGCAGCGCGAGUUCCAGCAGAAGGUGCAGCGGUCCCGUAACAAGCGGGCGGCCAAGGUGAGAGGAGCGCCCGGCGUGGUGUUCGUGGGGCACCUCCCGCGGGGCCUCUGCGAGCCGCAGCUCCGCGAGUACUUCGGGCAGUUCGGGACGGUGACGCGGCUCCGGCUCUCCAGGAGUAAGAAGACUGGAGGCAGCAAAGGCUAUGCAUUUAUAGAGUUUGAGUGUGAUGACGUGGCCAAGAUUGUUGCAGACACGAUGAACAACUACCUGUUUUCUGAAAGACUGCUCAAGUGUCAGUUCUUACCUCCUGAAAGGGUCCAUGAGGACCUCUUCAAAGGCUGUGACAAAAUAUUCCGGAAGCCUUCCCAGCCGGCGGUCCGGCGGUACAACAGAAUCCGCUCCCUGGUGGAGAAGGCCAGGAUGACACAGCGCCUGCUGCGGAAGGAGAGGCUCUUACGGAAGAGGCUGGCUGAAAAGGGGCUCGAUUAUGACUUCCCAGGAUUUGCUAUGCAGGCCCUUUGCAAAGAGAGGAAAAAAGUUAAAACAUCCAAGAAAUCAAAACUGAACAUUUCUUUGACCAGCCAGGAUCCUACUCCAGUCUGUACUCCUGCAGUGCUCGAGCGCCGGAAAGCUGCUCAGGUGGAUGAUGAUGCAGAGGAUGAUGAAGUAACUCUCCGACUGCCCCCUGCCAGUGUUAAGAACGCUGUGCAGAGGCCAAAGAAGCAGCCAAGGAAAACCGAACCUGAAUAUACAGAAAUAGACUUAAAAUUUUAGGGGCUAUAGCCAUGUUUUCCCUCAACUUAAAAACUGUUGAGGUGGACCUUCUAGUGGUUCUUCUGUCCUGGCUCUGUUCAUCCUGACUAGACUGUUUUAGUCUUUCCUAGGCAAGGACUGUUCACAAAUCCUCCCCCUCUGCUGUAGCCAUCAGAAGACCUGUGGCCUUCUCUGCCUUUGAAGAUUUUCUUGACUUUGUGCUCACAAGUGCCCGUGCUGUGACAUGGCUACAGUCGUGCCGGAACCUUCAGUUAAUUUUGUAACUUGACUCUAGCGCUCGCUAUUUGGAAAGAAAAUGUGAGGCUGUCCAUUCAGAGCUUGCUGAGGAAAGCAAAUGUAUCUUAGAUUUAUAAUUAAUGACAGUUUAUUAAAAA